CACUGGGUUCUCACGGAAUCCCUUAACGCACGUAGCUCGCCAGGUUUUCCCCCAACACCAAUCCACUCUUACCCUCUCCAUGGUCCCCACCCCGGAUUCCCGUGACAUUUUUCCAAUACAACACUUAAUUGAGCAACUGAGAUUCUUCACGUGCGUGGUUGAUUUGUAGUUUGAACACGUGGCUCAUUCAAAUUAGCCGGAAUAUCCGUUUUUUUCUUACCUCUUCUCUUUCUUGGUUUUAUUCAGAGGCGGGUGCGAACCUUAACGUGUGACAUUCUCUAGGCCAAGGGGUUUUGAUGAAGACAAAAAAGUAGUUUCUUCCUUUUCACCCAGCCAUCGUUUUGGAGAGAAGGGAUAAAUAAUUAAGAUUUUUUUUUUGUACGCAAUAGAGGGGCGAGGAAGCGCGAACACCGACGAGGUAGCCCGUCAAAUAUAUCUGUGGCUAGAACGACCGGGGGAAGCACGCCACCGCCACUCCGUUUAGUAGUAAGGCGAUUUUGGCGACUCCAAACACUGCACACCCGAUAUAUUAAAUAACGGUUAACCUUCUGCGUAAAGGUUGUCAAUUUCAGCGCAGAACAUGAACAAGCUGUACAUUGGAAACGUGAGUGAAGAGGCGAGUGCGGAGGACUUGGAAACUAUAUUUGAGCAGUGGAAGAUUCCGCACAGUGGUCCGUUUCUCGUCAAAACUGGUUAUGCGUUCGUGGAUUGCCCCGAUGAAAAGAUUGCAAUGAAGGCCAUUGACAUUCUUUCAGGUAAAGUUGACCUACAUGGAAAACUCCUAGAGGUGGAACACUCUGUCCCUAAACGUCAAAGGAGCUGUAAGCUGCAGAUCAGGAACAUCCCGCCUCAUAUGCAGUGGGAGGUUCUGGAUGGCAUGUUGGCCCAAUAUGGCACAGUGGAGAACUGUGAGCAAGUAAAUACAGACACAGACACUGCAGUGGUCAACGUCAGAUAUGGUGCUAAGGACCAGGCUAGACAGGCGAUGGAGAAGCUGAAUGGCUUCCUGAUGGAGAACUUUGCCCUGAAGGUGUCGUACAUCCCAGACGAGAUGGCCACCGCUGACGCCCCACCUCUGGGAGGGGGUAGGAGGGGCUUUGUCCCCCGUGGCCCUCCCCGCUCAGGUUCUCCGGGCAUGGGGGCGCGCCCCAAACUGCAGUCGGAAGUUCCCUUACGGAUACUCGUCCCAACGCAGUUUGUAGGAGCCAUCAUCGGCAAGGAGGGAGCCACCAUUCGCAACAUCACCAAACAGACACACUCAAAGAUCGACAUCCACAGGAAGGAGAAUGCGGGAGCGGCAGAGAAACCCAUCACGGUCCACUCCACCCCAGAGGGCUGCUCCAACGCCUGCAGAACCAUCAUGGAGAUCAUGCAAAAGGAGGCCCUCGACACCAAGUUUACUGAGGAGAUUCCACUGAAGAUUCUGGCUCACAACAACUUUGUGGGCCGACUGAUCGGGAAGGAAGGACGUAACCUAAAAAAAAUUGAAGUGGACACAGAGACCAAGAUCACCAUCUCCCCUCUCCAGGACCUGACCCUGUACAACCCUGAGAGGACCAUCACAGUGAAGGGUUCUAUCGAGGCCUGCUCCCGUGCCGAGGAGGAAGUCAUGAAGAAGGUCAGGGAGUCGUAUGAGAACGACGUGGCCGCUAUGAAUCUCCAGUCUAACCUGAUUCCAGGACUCAACCUGAAUGCUUUGGGUUUGUUCCCUGGUGGUGCUCCAGGUAUGGGCCCCUCCAUGGGACACAACGUCCCACCUCCCGGUGCCCAGGGUGGCUAUUCAUUCGGGAGCAGCUCCUUCGGGGGUGAAGGGCCAUUUUGGGCGUCUGUGCUGUCGGGGAGCAGCCAGCCCGUCUCUGGCCAGGGGCAGCCGGAGUCGGAGACGGUCCAUCUGUUCAUCCCGGCGCUGGCGGUCGGAGCGAUCAUCGGAAAACAGGGUCAACACAUCAAGCAGCUGUCGCGCUACGCCGGAGCCUCCAUCAAGAUCAGUGCAGAUGAAGUCACUGUCGUAGAUGCAAACCAGGUAGCCCCUCCAGAAGGUAUGGACACCAAGCAGAGGAUGGUGAUCAUUGCUGGUCCACCAGAGGCCCAGUUCAAGGCUCAGGGUCGUAUCUUUGGGAAGCUAAAGGAGGAGAACUUCUUUGGGCCGAAGGAGGAGGUGAAGCUAGAGGCUCACAUAAAGGUGCCCUCUUUCGCUGCUGGACGUGUCAUCGGCAAGGGAGGCAAAACGGUGAAUGAGUUGCAGAACUUGACCAGUGCUGAGGUGGUGGUCCCCAGAGACCAGACGCCUGACGAGAACGACCAGGUCAUUGUCAAAAUCACUGGACACUUCUAUGCAAGCCAGCUGGCCCAGAGGAAGAUCCAGGAGAUCUUGUCCCAGGUGAGACGGCAACAGCAGCCCAAACCCUCACCCCGCGGGGAGGGACCACCCCUCCCCCGCCCUUCCCGGAAGUAGAGGGGGGCAUCCAGGUGGCCCAGGGGGGGCCAGUGACAGAACCGCCCCCGAAGACAGCGCAGAGACCGGAGGGGAAACACAGGCAGGGACAAGGCGCUCAUCUCAGGGGAUAAGGGUCAUGGGUACCCAACUGUACACCUCUACUCUCGACGACCUCCUCGACCUUACACGCCCAGCCCCACUCACGACGACCCCCUCGACCUUACACGCCCACCCCCACUUUCGACGACCUCCUCGACCUUACACCCCCAUCCCCCCUCUCGACGAUCUCCUUGACCGACACUAACCCCCCCGGGCUGACACCACAGCGUGGAUAAGAGACCUUACACCCCCCCCCCCCCGCCAACCCAUCGCCACACCUGUCUGCAUCUCUGUGAGAAUGUACUUGAGGGUUCCAACGUUGUCACUCACCCUCACCUCGGUCCUGAUUGGUUCCUUAUUUGUUUUAAUGUUGUUUUUUUGGUACACUAGAAAACACAAAGAAGAAAUAAUAAUGAACUCCCUCCUGUCACCUCCCUGGUGUGGUAACACACUCAACCACCUCACAUGUUGAUGACGGCUGUUAAUUUUGUUUUUACCUUUUUAUUUUAACUAUUUUUUUUGCCCUGGAUGAAGUGUUUGUUUAGUUGGUUGAAACGUUCUCUCCUGAGUUUUCUUUGGAAAGAAAAAGGCAUUGCUCUGAGUCCUUGUAGGAUGGAGAAAGGUUAGGGGGAGGGGUUUAGAUGGAGGGGCGGGGCUCGGGGUAAUACUCUGGUGUUUGAUUGGACAGGGUGGUGGUCUAACAGGGCACCCCUGUCCUGCUAUUGGUAGUGGCAUUUUAUAAAUUCGGAUGCAUUUUAUAGAUAUAUAAAAUAUAUUUAGAGGUGAGGAUAACACUGUCAUUAACACUUAAGGGACGUGUUGAAUGGUGUUGGCCAGGAAAACCAAUUUAAUAUGCAUUGUACUGAACUACCUCAGGAUCUCUAGUACCUCAAGAAGAUGAAGAGAAAAAGAAAAUUAUAUAUAUGAAAAAAAUGUUCCUUUCUUUUUUAUUUUGCUUUGUGGUAUUUUGUAUACUUUAUAAAGCUAAUAGUUAUUGAACAUUUUUAUUUUUUUAAGAAAAUUUAAAAUUUGGUCAGCUGCCAACUGACCUUGCCUUCAACUCUAGCGCUCUCCGGCGGCAGCGGCAACGUGUACAAUGUGUCUGUCGACGGUGGCCCUGUUCAUAAAGUCUCUGUACAUAGAGCCCAGGGCAGAGUUGGCACCAAACUGUUGGCUGCUGACGGGAGUAUCGAGAGAAGAAAUUGCCUCAGUUUUCCUGAGGUGUAUCCACCAUCUAAUGAAAACUACAAACAACGAAUAUAUUAGAGUAAUGCUGAAUAAUGCCAACCGUACAUAUUGCAGCAAUGCCGUUUAGUUUUGGGAUUCUGACAUUCUUAUUGUUGACGGUACGUUACAUUUUUCACACAAUGAUUUUUCCUUUUGCCUUCCUGGAAGUGCAAUGGGUAGCACACAAAUGGAGGGGCCUGAACACUGAGUUCCAUCUCUCUCUCUCUCUCUCUGUAGCCGCCAUAGAAAUGGACAUGUUAGAGCAGCACUGUCUGUUCUGUUGUAUUUCUUUUACCUGCUUAGGCCUUACCUGCUUUAUUACAUCAUCCUAGUCUCAAAUGGCACCCCAUUUCCCUUAUAGUGCUCCAAGUUGUAUACUACAUGGGGAAAUAGGGUGCCAUUUGGAAGUCAUCCCAGGUUUGUGACAGGCUGAAGUGCAGUCCACAGCCUGACUAGGGUUUUUUCAUAGAGGAAGCUUGGCCAUGUGCGGUGGCCCCAGUAGCCGCAGUUGGUCUACGUUAGUGUCAUUCACUGCAUGGUGAAAGUAAGGGGAGUCACACUGAUGGAUGCUUAUUUUGCUAUAGAAGCUACGUUAACUAAAGGUUGAGUUUUGUUUAACCAGCAGCUGUAAUCUUGAUUUGAAGUGAGUUUCAAUUGUUAUUCAUCACAAAAAUCCAAGAUGCACACAAGAAAAUGUACUAAAUUGACCUUGAUUGGGAUGGGAAAGAUAAGAAAAAAAAUAGUUUAAAAAAAACCGAUAACAAAAUACCCAAGUUUUUCCUUUUGAUUUCAUGCAGAAUGUAAAUAUGUUUUGAUUGUGGUAAAAGUGCUCGUGUGUAUCCAUGCUUCCACAGUAGAACGCUGUCUACCUCAGCUGAGGGGGGUUUGUGGUGGCACGCGCCCUCACCCCGCCUAGCGCCCACGCGCUCGCUGCGAUACCUCAGUCCCCCCAGGAACACUUCUCUGCAUGGACUCGUGCGUGCUCACGCGGUUCAACCUCGCGCUGAUGUCCACGAGGGGCAUAAGUGACAAAUAUUAUUCCCCCUCCCUUUCUCCACCCAUUUUUUUUUUAUCUACCUCUUUAGAUACAUUUGAAUUAGAGGCAAACUUCUAUUUGUUAGAUUUAGGGUUAUUCUCCCACUGUCCCCUUUCUGAUUUCCAAGAUAUUAAUGAAAAUAAAUAAAUCAUGUACUCUUUAGAAUUUGAACGAAUAAUGGAAAAGUUAUCAGCUGUUUCCUUUGCCAGUGUUUAUAUAUAUAUAUAUAUAUAUAUAUAUAUAUAUAUAUAUAUAUAUAUAUAUAUAUAUAUAUAUAUAUAUAUAUACACACUCUUCUAGCUUAAUUGAUUGUAAAUCCUCAAGAUUUUGCUUUUCUUUUUGAUGGUGUGGCUUCCAUGUAUUGAACUUUCUUGCCUGGGUUUUUCGUGGGGGAAAAAAAGGUCAAAUUCACCGGUUUGAAGUUUUUGGAUUCAAUGACUGGACAAUAAGUAACAAACAAAUGUUUAAAAAAAGGACCUGCCUUAGUUUCUGGUUUGAGACUAAAAAUAAAUACUCAGCCAGUCUUCUUUCUUACCUUUUUAUGUCUUUACGGAUGCUACUGGCCUGCUGAUUUGAUAACGAUUUGUUCGGUUAGCAUUUCCUGGAUGUGUAAUGUGGAAAAUCAUGUUUGUGUGGGAAAGAGGGACUGGGUUUGGGAGUCCAUUUUUGGAAAAGUGUUCUGGUUUAAGCAUGAUGCCCCCCUCCCUGCGACCAUGCUUCUGCCCCUUCACCCCCCUCACAGCUCAACUUGUCAAAUGCCUCUGAAUAAAUCAAAAAAUGAAAUUGGC